AUGAAACCAAUUAAAAAUGAAAAUAUAUAUAAUGAUACUCAAAAAAAGGCAAUUAAUUUUUUUACUCUGUCUUUAUUUUGUAAUUUUAUAAAAAUAAUUUUGUUGUUAUUUGAUGGAUUGAUAGCUUUUCUUUCAAUUAUAUUAUGUAUAUUGUUUAUGUUUUUUGGAUAUUUUGGAAUAGUUUCAGGUAACCCUUCUUAUACAGAAAUAUACAUAGCAAUAGUUCACGUUGACAUUAUGCUAAACUUUUUAAUCGCCUUUAUUCCUUUUUACAAUUUACUUACAAUAUACGAAUUACACAUAAAAAAAAUAUCAGACAUUCAAAGCAACGAUUUAUUUUUUUAUAUUGUUUCAAUAGUAUUAAUUAUAUAUUCCUGUGGGUCUACAAUGUUAAACAGUUUAUCAAUUUAUUAUUCUAAAAAAUUAAUAAAGCCAAUUUUAAUGUAUAAAGAAAGUAAUACCAAAAUUAUAAAUAAUUUUUCUCAAGAUAAUGUAGCUAUAGACAAACAAGAAAAAAAAAAAAAAAAAAAAAAAAAAAAAAAUUAA